GCAGGCCGCUGCUGACGCCGGCGCCACGCUCGCGCUGAUGGGUCGCGAGGUGACGGGGCUGCUUGCUGAGGAGGAGGCGGCGGUCAAUAAGCAGCGAGUGGGGUUGGAGGCGGUGACGGGCUCCAUGCUGGUAGCGGCGGCGGUGGGGCGUGUGCGGGCGGCGGAUCGGGGGCUGCGCAUGCAGGGGCCGCACGGACAGGGACUUGGAGAUGCCUCUGGCGCUGCGGCAGGCCUGCAGGCGUGGCGGGAGGUGCUCGUUGGCGGAGUCCACGUGCAUGUGCCACCCGAGGGCGUCACGCAAGUGUCCCAAGACCCACGGGUCGCUUGCCGCGCCGCGUGGGCCCUAUCCUACCCGCCCUCGCUGGGGCUGCUGCGCCGAGCGGUGGCGGUGUGCGAGGCGCCGGGGCCAGUGGAGGGCGCGGCGCGGGGGGUGCUGCAUGGCUGCGACCAGAUGACAGUGCUGCUGUGCGAGCGGCACCUGCGGCAACCGCUGCGCUGGCUGGAGUCACGACUACAGGAGCAGCGCAAGACUGCGGAGAACCACGGUACCAGCAGCCUCAAGGACCUGGGUCUCCCCGUGCUGCUGCCCGCCCUGGAGGCGGUGCGGGGCCGAACGGAGCUGCUGCGAGCAUGGAGGGAGAUGCACCGGGCGGACC